CAGCGACCAGUCGCCGCCGCCGACGCAGGCUCUUCCAAUACUGCCGACCGCCUCAAUGCAUUGGAGAUGCACGUCACUCCAGGAUGGCGCACAGUUACAGCUCACCACGACGCAACAGUUGCAGCAGCAGGUCUGUACCACCGCCACUACCUCGAGUACGGAGCCGCGCGAGAGAACUUCAAAGUUUGACGGGCAGGAGAUCUUUUGCGACUCCAUGAAGACAGAUCCGAUUUCAAGGUUCCGCAAGUUCAAGCUCACGCUGCAGCUGUCUAACGUCAAGGACCACAAGAAUCACGCCUACUUGUACUCUCGUUCAGGGGGCACGUGCCAGGCUUGGUUGGACAACCUCCUGUCCAAGUACAGAGUGGUAGUGGUCGACUUAAACACCAAGAUCAGUUGGGAUGAUCUGAAGGCGGCAUGGCACAAGCGGUUCCAGGUGGAGCCUCCAGAGAUCAAAGCCAUGGACAAACUCAUGGUCUUCGAGCAAGGCACGCUGCCGAGCACGGACUGGAUCGCCGAGUACCAACGCUUGACGUCAGUCCCAGACAUCCAGAUGGGCUUCAAGGUCAUCCGCCAUUACUGCAUCUCAAGGUCAUGUCCGGCAUUAAGCAAUGCCCUGACUCAUGUCGAGGACACCUUGACGACGACGGCGGAUAUGUUCGACAAGGCUGCGCAGAUCAUUAUCACGAACAAGGAGGCCAAGAACCUCCGUUCAUCUGCGUCAGGCCCGAGCAGGGACCAGCAUUGGCCAAGAGUGGCCGUGGUCGCAGCGGCAGCGCCGUUAGACCAAACGAGCGAGGUUGUGUCUGCGAGUGAAGGAGACAGAUUCGCAGCCGCCCGGGAAGGUGGCCGCCCUGGCAGAGGCCGAGGACGGGGCAAGACGAAGACACGCACCGCUUCUAGCCCCGGGACUGGUGCACCAGCUGAGACAGGCCAAUGGACCCAGUAUGGCAUCUCCGAGUCCGCAUUGAAGGCGCGCGAGAGAUUCCACUAUUGCCUUUGGUGCAACAACGAUCUUCAUCAGACGCAGGGUUGCCCAUUGAAAGGCAAGGGCAGACAGGGAAACAGAGCACCGCCAAGAGUGACUCGACGACACUCUCGACGCCUUCGGAACCGGUUUCUUCGCGAGUAAUCGGCCUUCAUUCCGAGGCGCACGUCGAAAUCG